AUGUAUAUGGUUCAUCGCAUAUCAGGAUGCAAGAAGUUGAUUCGCAAUGAUUUGGCUGCUGCAAGCAAUGACGAGAAUGUGAAAGAUGAAUUGAAUGGCCUCGAUAAGGCAGUCAGUGCUGUAUUGGGACAGCGAACAAUAGAGCGUGAUCAAUUGCGUGUGAUAGUUGCUAAAAGUAAGUUCUCAAAGCAGCGGGAUGAUAAGGGUGAGAAGAUCAUGAAGCCUGAAGAACUUGUUCGUUUAUAUGAUCUCCUUAUACAGGCUGUACAAAGAGUGUUAUUAUAUGACAGGCAUAGAGAUAUGAGGCUUGAUGUUGAUAAUAUGUCUUAUGAGGAGCUACUUGCAUUGACAGAGAGAAUAGGGAAUCAGUACUAGUACUCAAUUGCUGAAGAUGAUGAGUCUCCCAAGUCAUAUGUAAUGCAGCAAAGUUAGUUUUUGUUGUUCUGUGUACUAUGAUUAAUUUCGUGUACUCCAUGUUGGAUUAUUCAAAUACUAGUAUUUGUUUUUUGGCACAUUUGUGUUAACUCUUCUUGUAUGCUACAACUUGGUUAUGUAUUAGUUUGAACCUUUAAAUAAAAUAUUUGCUUU